UUGAGAAUAUUUCCUAUCCUACACCCAUUCCCUCCCCGUUUUCCGUUUUCAUUCGCACAGAUCAAACUUGUAAAUAUCAAUUCUUCCGAUGUGGUCGAUGGCAAACCAGCGAUCGUCCUCGGCCUUAUUUGGUCGAUCAUCCUCUACUUCCAGAUCGAUGUGCCUCAGCGUACCCUGGGCAAAACCGUGACAGCUACGGUCACCUCCAAGACUGCCUCAUCCACGUCCGAAACAAGUUCGGCAGAUGCUUCCAAUGCCGAGGCGGACGCCAAGUCACAAAUCACGGCGGCAGGCGGUCGUCAGGCUUUGUUAACUUGGGUCGAAGACUCUGUCAAACCACAUUUGGCCAAAUCCGGUGUGAAAGUACGAGACUUUGGGACCAGUUGGCGUGAUGGUCGUUUGUUGUGCAUGCUUAUCAAUCAUAUCCGCCCCAAUUCGAUCGAUUUGGGCAGCCUGAAAGGACGCACAAAUCGGGAGAAUUUGGAGCAUGGAUUUAAAGUCGCCGAGGAGAAAUUGGGCAUACCCCGACUGUUGGAUGCUGAGGAUCUAGACGUGGACAAACCGGACGAACGUUCAGUCAUGACGUAUAUUGCACAAUUUGUGCGCAAUUCGCCGGCCGCUGCAGUGAAGAACGGCGUGGAGAAGUUGAACACUUCUUUUCAAUUUGCUCAUUUUGAUCCGCAUACAUUUGAAUUUCCCGCGCGUCUGAUUUGGAAGGCUAAAACAAAAUCAACUAGUGAAGCUGCAAUCAAAUCAAAGCCAGAUGCGACCACGAAAAUGAAACCAGUUACACCCAAACCCAAACAGGAUUCGGGAAAGGCCCAAUCCAAGACAAAAGUUGAGAGCGCCAAAACUAAACUGGCUACUGCCGCUCCGAAAGACAAAUCAGCGAGCGGUAAACAGAAAACGGAACCGGGACAAGCCAAACAGGAUAGUGUAAAAUCCCAGUUGGGAGGAACCAAACCACCACCAACGAGUAAAGCGGGCACUGUUCAGUCCGCCAAAGUGGUAUCAUCGUCAUCGUCGAAAAGUGCCAAACCGGCGAAAUCGCAAUUGAGUCCAACCACUCAGGCUUCCAUUGAACCUGAUCCGGACAUUGACCCUUCAUUGAUUCUAAGUGCCUCUACCACAUCCGGGCUUUUCGAAGGUCGAACACGACGUGUCAGUUAUGGUGGAGCAGAUUCUAUGGAUGAGGAAGCUUUACGCAGCCUGAUUCUGGCCACUAGCCCCAGUACUCCAGGUUCAGCAGACGGCGGUGGAAGUACUCUUUCGUUAGACAAAGUUCAUGGAAUCGGUUCCCUGUCAGCCUCAUUACCAUCCCGUAUGCCGGGCUCCAAUGUGACCAAAGCGCAAGCGGAACAGGAACGAAUCUUUCUAAUCAAUAUCAAAGAACUGAUAGCCCGUGUUCGUCACAAUCCGAUCAGUGAGCAAGAUUUUUUCACCGAAUUCGAAAUCCUCACUCAGGCUCAAAUGGAACACGAGAGUCUCACGGCCUACAUGAUGGAAUUGUCCGAACGAAAGCGUCAAGGUCUUCUUCUCGGUUUACGCCCGGAAGAACUGGAUCGUAUCGAGGCCGAAUGGAGCAGAGUCAAACCGGAACUGGACGAAUGGCGUUGGCGAUUGGACGAAGCUUUGCCUGGGGACUGGAAACAGAUUGGUUUGUGGCUAGCUCAGGCCGAACGACGUUUGAUCGCAGACGCCGAAUUGGCCAAUCAAUUGGGUUUGGAAAUGGCUCCGGGCGCUGCGAAUAUGACACCAACUGAGCGAUACGAACGAUUGAAAAAGUGUUUGGAACAACAUGAGGAAGCACUGAAAGAAUACGAGCGAAUAAAAAAACAGUUUGAUGCUCUGAAAGUAAAAAACGAAGAACUGAACCGGCAGGCGGAUGAGGCUCGAGAUAAACCGGAUGUGCUGGCCAAACUGGAUGUGCAUUUACCCGAAUCGAUAGUGCUCGCAAUAGAGAAUCGCCUCCUGAACGUAGAACUGGAUGCUCCGUUGGCAAAACGCAGAAUAGAAAGACUCACUUUGCGAUGGAAUUUGGCUCACCAGCUAGAUGAAUUACGUGUGAAUCUGACCGACUGGCAAUCGACACGAUGUAAAGAACCGGAGGAAGUGAAGACUAAAAUGAAAACCAUUCAAGACUAUCUGACAAGCUUGGGCCUACCGGAUCGUAUUGAAAAAUCCCUGAAUGAACUCACAGAGUUGUCCGCGCAACGGGAUGAUAUCGCGACCGGUGUGGCGGAACGUCGGAAAGAAAUGGAACAGAAGUUCGCCAAGUCCGGCGAUCAGCAAAAAAUAUUCCUCUCUCUGUCCCAAGGUGUGUCAGUCACUACUGGUGGAGGGGCGUUCAUGCUGAUGGAUAGUGCAGAGACAGAACGAAACGAGGCUAACAUGUUUAUAUCAUCGAUCAGAUCACGUUGGAUUGAUGCUUGGGAUGAUGUGACUGAUUUACAGCAUCAUCUGGAAGAAUUGCAGAUGAAGUGGGAGACAUUCGAAGCGGAAAAAGCUGCUCUAAAGGAAUGGGUGGCUAAUGCUAAGAAGAUUUUGGAUGACGAAAAUUCCACCGCUGAAGAACGGAACAAGCUGUACUCGGAAUUGGCACAAUGGCGUGCCCGAAUAUCUGCGCUGAAUGAUUUGGGGCACGAACUGAUGGGUCAGUGUGACAUUCAAACAGCCUCUGCGCUAGAUCAGGAACUCAGUGGAGUGAACCAGGUGUGGACGGACGUAAGCAGUCAGGUGGUACGUUCCGCCGAGCUGAAUCACGCCGAACAGUUGAAAAAUCAACACGCGGACGCAUUACAUCGUCUGAAUGAGUUUUUCCGGACAACCGAGCGAUUACUCAACCAGGAUUUUGUUCUGCCUGAGACCACCAAUUUGGAUGAAGCUAACGCCGCAACUGCAGCCUAUCGAAAACAGUUGGAAGAUGCCCGUGCCGCUCUGAUUGAACAAGCACGAGCAGACUACUUGGAAGCACUACGUGCUGCCGAACAACUUAUGGAAGCCGCACGUGCCGGUCAGGCGGAUAUGGCUGAUGCUGAGGCGUUAAUGGCCGCAGCUCGUGCCGCCGGGGAGCGAUUGGACAGAUUGGUCAAUAUGGAAGUUCCAAAUCGACUGGAUGAGGUCCAGGCGGCUACACAGAAAGCGAUCGAUUUGGCUCUGCGGUUGGCUCCAAUUAACAGUUUCAUACAGAACACAGAACAAUCGGAUGAGUUUGGAAAAUUCAGUGCUGGCGAGUUGAAUUUGGAUCUCAGUGGGUUAUCCACCGAGGACGCUAUUUCCAAACUGAAGAGUCAUUUCACCGCCAUCGAACAACAUGAGAAGGCUUUGACUGAAGCCGAACAACGACUGAAAGACCUGAAAGCAGCCGGAUUGAAACAUGUUGACGUGAGUCAGUUGGAAUUGGCUACAGCUGAGGCUCGCAGAAAAUUCGAGGUGCUCCGCGCUGCUGCUCAACGCUAUGAGGAAGCGUUGGAGAGACGACGCAUCGCCGAGCGAACAUUUAAUGCGUCCAUCAACGAAUUGAACGACUGGUUAAAUGAGGCCGAUCGGGUGAUGCAAAUGCAAACGGAGGCGAUUGAAAAACACCAACAACAGGCGGUUAGCAGUGAAUGGCUCAAAGACCAGUUGGAUGAGCACAAGAAAUUUUUCGAGAAAUUACAAGAAGUCGGUCAAGCCUCAUUGCAGACUGUGAAUCGGUCGUACGAUGAACUGGUCAGUCUGUAUGAAAAUGAUACUCUGGAUUUCGGUGUCUCAGCCGAGACGGCCGAGUCAAAUAUUGUCCCACCGAACGAUGCGGCCAACAAUGUGGUGGUGGAGGCAUCGGCUAAAGUACAAACAUUACGGGAUCGAUACUCGGACAUAUUAUCUCGUGCACCACAACAAGAGGUCGAACUGCGCUACGCCAUGCUCGAAGCUCAGUUACGUGAUCAACUCGAAUUGAUGAACAACGCUUUAAUGGAAGAAGAAUCUCGUAUUGCAGCCGGAGAGGAGUUGUCGUCUAUUCUGGCCGAUCAUGAGCGCAUUUUCGGCAAGUCGGGUCUCAGCAGUGUGUGCGAACAAUUAUUGAACGAGAUGCGGGAACUGAGCGAACAAAUGUCCCUGUUGGACACCGAAUCACCUAAUCGGCUCAGUUUACGUACGGAUCGAUUGCAAAAAGAUUUCAAUCAACUCACCGACCACGUGGGUCAGUUGGCAGUAAAACUGCGCAGUCUACCAACCCAAUGGGCCGAUUUUGAUGAGAAGCUCUAUCAAUUGGUGGAUUGGACCAAAGAAGUGGAACAAUUGGUUCGUCAUUUGCAGACCAAUCCAGAGGAUGCCAAAGCCUCGGAUGAGGUGUCGGCGAUGGAACUGGCCGCACGCUACAGAGCCAUGCUUUCCCGAUUCGAAGAACUGACCGGAGUGACGAAUGAGCAAGGUGCUUUGGCCGAGUUAUUGAAUGCCAAAUUAGCUGAUCUGUCAUUACAAGGUGGUCUGAGUGCAACGGAACUGGCUACCAAACGAGCUGCACUGGCUGCCGCGAUUGGUUCUCUGCGAGAUCUUCGUUCUGAAGUGGAUGCAGUACUGGAUCGGGGUGAGUAUGCGUGUGAUGGAUUGAUGUAA